CGCUAGGAUUUGGCGGCGCUCGCUGGCCUGGCGUGCGCGCGGAGCUGUGCCGGUGACAGCGCAGCGUCUCAACAAUGCUCAGCCAUCAUUGUUGACCGCGCGGCCAUGGCCGAGACGCACAGCGGCCACAUCUACGGCUGCUUUCCCGAAGACAAGGUGCACUACGCUGGCACAGAGGGCACGUUUAACGAUGACCCGAAGACCGGUUUAGUUGUUGUACGCAUCGGGAAAAACAACAAAAUCACCGCGAAACGAAAGCAGGCUAAUAAAAGGCCCCGCGACGAGGACACCGCGGAGAUGGCCCUUCGGCGCAAGCUAGCGAGGGACUGGCCAGGUGCAGUCCUCGAGCGCAUGGUCUACGAGAACUACGCAGCCGUCGCCGCGCCCGAACCCGAACCUCCACCUCCACCAGAAACCCCAAAAAAACGACGACGCCUUCCACCACAAGUAGAAUACGAUCCGUGGCUACCCGACUACAUGCGCACCGGUCAACGACAAGGCGGCCAAGGCGGUGUACGUGAAGAGACCCGCGACGAGCUCCAAGUACUACUCCAACAGCAAGACGAGAUCCUCCAAGUACUAGGCGCGGAUCAACUACCAGGCGCUCGGGUCCUGCAAAAUGCUCUGCUCGACAUCCUGGGCAAGGACGAUAGCGACGACGACGACGUGGCGGCGACGCCGCCACUAGAACAACCUGAACCAGCCCCAGCACCUGCCCCUACGAUGAGGAAGCAUAGUACGAAAAUCAAAAAGGUGACGACGUCUACUAUCCAAACGCAGCAGGGUGCCUUCGAAAACUGGUGCAAAGAAAUGCACAACCAGAAGCUACUCGCCGUUCGUGUCCAGGACCCCAAGUACACUGACGAUUUCUGGCUCGCGAAGCCGACCGGAGCCGCCAUCGUCGCGACCGAAAACUUCAUACAUGCCAAUUCAGACUAUGAGGUGGGGUUUAUGAUCCUACCAAUCAAGUGGUACGACAUCGUCUCGGGCAAAGAGCGUACCUAUACGCUUUUGAACGACGACGUCUACAUCCAAGCGAACGCGACGGUCCGACUGACUGGACUGAAGUUCAGCCAACACACAAAUGGGAGGUACACAAUUACCGAGGACACUCACGAGCGUAUCCUUGAAGCUAUCUAGGCCGGUUAUAAUGUUAAUUUGUAAUUUU